ACUAGGAAAUGGAACGAAUAGCUUACAAAUUGUCGGGGAGGUGGGAUGACCGGUGGGGGAAGUACUGCGAUUAUUGCAGUAGGACGAUGAUCAGUGCUGAGUGGAAAAGGGAGGGAGCAGGACCCAAGCAUUUAAAAACAGCCGAUGACGGGAUCCUCUGGCGUCAUCCCGAGACUCUCACUAACCUGGGGAGGGUCACUGACUGACAUCCCAGCCAUUCCAGUUCUCUACUUCCAUUUUCUUGCUAAGAUCAGCUAUUUCCCUUGUGCGAUAUUUGAUGGAAGAAAGAAGGAUUCACAGGAGAGCGCAAAGAAAGGAAAACAAAUGAUGAAGUCAGCGAUUGGUUGAAAGGGGAUGUGGGGAAAAGAAAGAACCUCGAAGGAUUGAAGGGAAAAGAGGCAU